AAAACACCUAGAAUUUGUGGUGACUACCGCCUUACACUCAAUAGUCGUCUACUACAGCAAAGUUGCACUACUCUAGAAACUGAAGACAUUCUCUACAAGCUACAUGGCUCAAGAUACUUUUCCAAAAUAGAUCUAAAAGAUGCCUAUUUGCAAAUUCCUCUUGAUGAGGCGUCUAGUGCAUUAACAACCAUUAAUACUCCAUUUGGAUUGUUCAAGUAUAAGUUCUUGCCUUUUGGUUUAAAGGUUUCACCUGCAAUAUUUCAAAAUGUAAUAAAUCAGAUGAUAGAUGGAUUAGAUGGUGUUGAGUCAUACCAAGACGACAUUAUAGUUCAUGGUCCUAAUAUCGAAUUGCAUAAUGAACGUCUUUUAAAACUGUUCAGGCGUUUAUGUGAGAAUAAUGUUCUUGUUAAUCCAUCUAAAUGUCAUUUCACUUUGUCGUCUGUAUCAUGCUUGGGAUACACAGUAGACUCCGAAGGUUUCAGACCUGAUGCUAGUCGUUUGGCACCUCUAAUUCAAGCACCGUCACCUAAUAAUAUGUCAUCGUUGAGAUCAUGGAUAGGUACUCUUCAGUUUUACUCCAGAUUCAUUCCCAACUUCACUCAACGGUUAUCUCCACUUUUUGAGAUUGUCUCCAGUAAACAGUUUAAGUGGGAACAACAACAUGAGAAUAUCUUGCGAAAAACUUUGGAGUUUCUUAAUAAACAAGCUUUCCUAAGACCUUUUUGUCGAAAGAUAAGUCUGUUCUCACUACAGAUGCUUCUCCUAUGGGUAUAGCUGCAGUACUUGAGCAAAAUGGACAACCUGUUAUUUGUAUUUCAAGACGUCUAAGUAAGAGUGAACAAGGGUACUCACAAACCCAGAAAGAAGCUCUAGCAGUUGUAUGGGCAAUAAGACGCUUGCACAAGUAUCUCUUUGGUACUAAGUUUCACAUAGUUACUGAUCAUCAAGCUUUGAAAUUCAUUUACAAUCCAGAAAAAUCUUUGAAUAAAUCAUCUGCUGCUAUGGUUCAAAGAUGGAGUUUAGAACUAAGUGCAUAUGAUUACACUAUUGAACAUAGAUCGGCAAAGGAUAUACCUCAUGCAGACUUCUUAUCUCGUUAUUCAUUAUUUGAAAAUGCUGCUAAUGAUACUGAUUGCUUAUUAGUCCAGCCGUUACCGGUGGAUCGAGUUCGACUUAUAAAUGAUACUCGGA